UCGAUUCUUCACAAGAAACUUAACGCCAAUAUAAGAUUUGAUAAUAAAUAUAUUUUCCAAAAUGUAUAAAAACUGGAGCAUUUUAUUUUUAGUUGCUUGCUUGACACUGCAGCUCGUGGCAUCAUUUCCAAAAAGGGAUGCCUUGGAAAUCCUUGAUAAUCAACCAGAGAAGAGCCCCGGGAUUGAAAUUUACCAACAACAACGUCGUCAGUCCCGACAACCGGAUGAUUUUGAUGAUCUUAGGGGUAUAGUGAAACAAGAACGGGAAUUAUUAAAGGAUAUAAUCCGAAAUAUUAAUACGAAGAACUCACAAAAUGGACAGAUUCAAGCAGUCGGUAGUGAUGCGGUCGUUGAUGACAUAGUGAGGUUUAUUCGAUUAGAAUUUCAGUUUUUGUCGAGCUUGAUAAACAAGCUUGCGUAAGAAAAUCGUCGAUGAAAACUGCUUUGUAAAAAAAAAUUGUAUAACUUUUGAGCUCAAAUGAAGUAAAUAUAAUAUAAUGGUUUUAAUUCAUAUA